AUGGAGGUCCAGCAGGCGGUCAAGCAGGAAGUGAAAUGGGAGGUCAAGCAGGAAGUCAAGAUGGAGGUCAGGAGAAUUAGGGACUGGAACCUGGGAUUAGGGGAGGAGCCCCGACCCGGCUCGGCUGGUCCCUUCUGCAGCGUGCUGGUGGAGAGGUUCGGUUGCCGGGCGACCGUGAUGUUCGGCGGCGUGCUGAGCGGCGUGGGGAUGGCCGCCAGCUCCUUCACGCGCUCCAUCACCGAGCUCUACAUCACGGCGGGGGUCAUCACAGGCCUGGGCUUCUGCUUCAGCUUCCAGCCGGCGGUGACCAUAAUGGGGCACUACUUUGUGCGGCGGCGGACCUUCGCCAACGCCAUGUCGUCCACGGGCACGGCUCUGGGCCUGUGCACGCUGCCCUUCCUGGGCAACUUCCUGCACGCCGAACUGGGCUGGAGGGGAAGCUUCCUGGUGCUGGGCGCCGUGCUGCUCAACUGCUGCGUUUGCGGCGCCGUGAUGCGGCCUCUGCACCGUCGCCACGGCAACGGCGGCCACCCACUGAUGAACCACGGACCUCCUCUGACUUCUCCUCCACCUCCGGAUCCGGGAAAAGGCCGGAUUAAGGCCCUGUGGAGGCGCUUAAUGGCGUCCGCGGGCCGCCACAUGGCGUUCGACCUGCUCCGCCAUAACCGGCGCUACCUGGCGUUCGCGGUGGGAAUCACCUGGAUGAUGCUGGGCUUCGUGGUGCCGCUGGUCUACCUGGUGCCCUACGCCACGGCGGGCGGGAUGGAGCCGGGCCGCGCCGCCCUGCUGCUCUCCAUCCUGGGCGUGGUCAACAUCGUGGUGCGGCCCCCCGUGGGCGUGGUCUUCAACACGCCGCGCUUCCGCGGGCGCCACGUGUACGUGUUCGCCGCCGCGCUGCUGGUGAACGGGCUCAGCAACGCCGUGUGCUGCCUGGGGCCCGGGUUCGGCGUGCUGCUGGGCUACGUGGUGACCUACGGGCUCUCCAUGAGCGUGGUGGGCUCGCUGAUGUUCACCGUGCUCAUGGACAUCGUGGAGAUGAGCCGCUUCCCCUCCGCCCUCGGGCUGCUCGCCGUCAUGGAGAGCGUCACCCUGCUGAUCGGACCCCCGCUGGCAGGUGAGGCCACCAGGGCAGGAUCAGUUUAA